GCAGUUCGAUUUUUGAAUUUGAACACACUCAUUCAAUUUUUAGUACACACACCACACACUGAACCGGUACAAAACAAGAUAAAUGUCAUCGUUAGCACAGCGCGCAGAGUGUGUAUUACAGUCGGACGAAAUUUUUAUUCAAUUUUUCUUUGCAGAAAAAUGAUGUUCGUAUUUAUUUGGUUUUUUGUGCCGGAAUAGUGAUAAAUAUUGCGGAAAUGUGUCUAAAGAUGAAGUGAAUUGUACCAAGUGAUCAAUAUUUGUGACAUUACUGUUAAAAGCGUGCAAAGUAUACGGUCAAUAUUAUCGUUUAUGAGAAAGUAAUUAUAUUGUUCUUCUCUGCCUAAAGGUGAAGCGUCAAAUUUAUUAUAGAACUUCACAACACACACAAACAAUGACAAAGCCAAAGAUUAUGGUUUUCCGCCCCACGUGGGACGAAUUCAAGGAUUUUAAGAAGUUCGUGGAGUAUAUGGAAUCACAGGGAGCACAUAAAGCUGGCUUAGCAAAAGUAAUACCGCCAAAGGAAUGGGUGCCACGGAAGAAAGGAUACGAUCUCGACACCAUUCCGAUCACAAUUCCAGCGCCGAUUUGUCAAGUCGUGGCGGGCAAAAAUGGUCUCUAUCAACAGAUCAACAUUCAGAAAAAGUCGCUGACCAUCAAACAAUUCGCCGAAUUGGCCAACACAGAACGGUACGCAACACCAAAGCAUUUGGAUUACGAUCAUCUGGAACGGGAAUAUUGGGACAACAUAACGUACAUCGCUCCCAUUUAUGGUGCCGAUGUCAGCGGAAGUAUUACAGAUCCGGAUUGCAAGGAAUGGAACAUCAAUCAUUUGAAUACGAUUUUGGAUUACGUGAAUAGCGAUUAUGGGAUUCAGAUUGAUGGCGUGAACACGGCCUAUUUGUACUUUGGUAUGUGGAAGACAACAUUUGCGUGGCACACCGAAGACAUGGACCUUUAUUCGAUAAAUUACUUGCAUUUCGGCGCUCCCAAAACGUGGUACUCAGUACCUCCCGAACACGGUCGUAAAUUAGAGAAAUUAGCUCACAGUGUUUUCCCAGCCAGCUACAAAAACUGCAACGCGUAUCUACGACACAAAAUGACAUUGAUCAGCCCCGAUAUAUUGCGGAAGCACGACAUACCAUUCAGUAAAAUAACUCAAGAGGCCGGAGAAAUCAUGAUAACGUUUCCCUUCGGUUACCAUGCUGGUUUCAAUCACGGAUUUAAUUGCGCUGAAUCUACCAAUUUUGCAAUGGAAAGGUGGGUGGAAUAUGGCAAACGAGCAGAACAGUGUACAUGCAGUUCCGACAUGGUUAAAAUCUCGAUGGAUACAUUCGUGAAGCGGUUUCAGCCAGACAAAUAUGAAGAUUGGAUAAAUGGCACCGACAUCGGGCCGCAUCCUGAAGACCCUGUGACAGAAGCUGCUGCCGCACCAAUACCUAGUGAUCAAGACAUUUUAGUGAAUAAAAAUAAUGUUGAUGUUCCUGCACCGGUAAUUCAGUCGUUGAAAAAGAAGUGCAAUCCAUCGCUGAAGACCAAAUCAUUCAAAGAGCGCAAUCCCGAUCUGGACAUGGAAGAAAUCCAAAACAAUCCGAACAUACCGGACGACAUCAAAGCAGUGUUAAGUGGAUCGGUGUUGGAUGAAGCCGAAGGAGUAGAAGAGCCAGUGGAAUGCCUGAAAGACGGCGUAGAAGCCAUCAUCCAAGAGAAAUAUGAUGACAUUUUCAACGAAGAUUCCGAUGAGGAAAUAAUCCGGCGAGGGCGCGGUCGCAAGGGUAAAAAGGACGAUGAUGACUGGUUUGCGACGAAAAAAGAGCGUAUGGACCGAGAGAAAAAGAUUAAUGGACCGAGGCCCAGAGGUCGACCGAAGCGAAAGUCUGAUGAUGGAGCUUCAGCCGGUGAAGAUAAGGCGAAACGGAAAAAGGCAACACCGAGAAAGAAGGAUGAGUCAACACCAAAAAAGAAAGAUGACGCGACACCGAAAAAGAAAGACGAAACGGCACCGAAAAAGAGAGAUGAAUCGAAUAGGAAGUCCACAGACGGUUCCAAUCCGAAACCAGACAGGAGCAAAGCAACGAAAAAACCACCAGCACUGCCGUUCAAUUUGGAUUCGUCGAAAAAGUUCGAAGGAAAAAUUCCCAGCUUAAAGAACAAUUCCCAGAACCAAGGUAACGAGGCGGAAUCGGUGAAAAAAGUUGCGGUGGAACAAGCAUCGAAAAUCAACAGCGACAAAGUUAAAGUGGAAAAAUUACCGCUAGGUCAAUCCCAUUCUCAAUUAGCAAUCGGAAAUAGUUCAAUACCGCCAGCGUCGACCGUUAGCUGUUCCAGUUCGAGCAGUCUGCUCAAACAAACAACGCCAAUGCCAAACGGACUGAUUUUACAGUCAAGGACGGCGCUCAGUAGUACGAUCUCAAGCAAAGAUGUCAAACCAUGCGAUAUAACACAAAGAAACACAAUUACUCAUCACUCCAAUCCUCCGCCACCCUACAUUCCACCAAAACGACCUGCUACAGAAACAUCGACUGCUUGUGGUGAUUAUUUGGGUGCCUAUAACAAGUUCAUUGAACAAAAUGUUAAGAAGAGCGUGCAAACAGCUCAGGCCAGCUGUGACCUGGAAAAGAGUUUCGAUCAACAAAUUAAGAAAAAUAUUGAAAAUUUUAUCAAGAAAAAUUCGAAUGCUGAUGUCGUCAAGCCGGAAAAAUCGUACUAUCACUUGACACGCAUUCAAAACAGUGAUCAUUUGUCUAGAAAUGAAAGACCCAAUGUCAGCAUGCCGAACUUGUCCACACUUUGUUCAAUAAAGUCAAUACGGCCAGUCUAUAGUAAGUCUACACAAAACCAGUCACCGCUGAUUCUGAACUCUUCGUUGAACGCAAUAGCGGCGCCAAUAACAUUGCUAGCAACGAAAGGCAAAAGUCCAUCAACACCGCCAACUCUCUUAAAUUGUUCAACGCAAAAUAUGGCUAAAGUGACGGCUAAAAAACAGUCUGUCGUACCACCACCACCACAACCCAUUAAUUAUAAUGAGCAAUUAUUGUCGAAUUUGGUUAAACGAGAAAUGAUUUCUAAAUACAGCACGCCUUCGACAACGUGUACAACAGGAGCUGGACUCAACAAUCUACAACUGCUGUAUUCAUCACAUACCAAAUUCGAACAAAUUUAUCCAAAUGCCAUCAACCCACCGCAAGCACAUGCCCAAACGACAAUACAGCAUGGUCAGUUUCACCAGCGAAGCAAAGACCCUAAAUCUCAGCACCAUGAACUGCACCAAACUCACAAGAAACACAAUGCGGAGCAACUGCAAAAAGUGCCCCAAAACCAGCAGAAGUACAUCAUUAACACUGCAAAACGACCUGCAGAACCUUAUUCUACCAAUUACCCGCGAAACAAAAUCAAAGUCACCGAAUCGUCACAAUCAACUUCAGCUUACAAAGUCAGUGCGUCGCAAGAUAAAACGUUGUUGAGUGAACCAUCGGCACCCAUAUCGGAACUUAACACGUCCAUUAGUCAAGCAUUCAUCUACAAUCAACUUCUUAAUUUAAAACCUAAUUUAUUACAAAAUCGUUUGUUAGGAGUAUCGUCGGAAGAUAAUUGAAAAAAAAGAAGGAAAAUCUUCCUUUCUAUUAUAAUAAUUAAGACGUUAUAAAUGAACUAUAUGUGAAGUAAAACAAAACAAAAAAUGAUAUUCCAAUAAAGAAGUUGAAAAAAUGUCAAAAAA